AUGCUUCUCUUGCAGAAGCGAGUGUUAUUCCAGCGAACUGUGGGACAGCACAUAAUCAAACAUCUUCCAAUAUUAGACCGAUGGAGUUGCCUUCAAGUAUUUCCAACCUGGAGGGGUCUUGUGGAGACUCCAGUGAUUUUAGCUCAGGGCUCUGAGGAAAAUAGGAGUAAAAUCAUGAAACAACUUGUUCUUUCCGAAGAGGAAACUAUCUUGAUCAUACGUGAUAAAAGGGGAAUGGACUUAUUUCGCAAUAUUCUCCAAACCUGCCCCAUCCUUGGCUUUCAUUCUUUUAAUAUCGUUUCCCUUGAUCUACGCAACUACAUCAUCCCUAUUGAUGAACUUAAUGACCUACUCUCAGGUACCAGUUCACCGGCUCUCUUUAAUCUUGAGAGUCUGUCAGCAAAUCUCAAGGAAGUCAGGGGCUUCGUUAGCGACUGUUACACAACCUGGAGGGGAAAUACCCCAGUUUUGACGGAACCAAUCCAAGCACUUCCUCGGCUAAAAAGACUUGAUGUUCUCAUAAUUCCCACUCUAACGGUUAAUAGUACACCUUUGGCAAAGUUAUUAUGGCUGUGUCUUAAUGCAAGUGAAUUUACCUUGCGUGAUAUGAAUGGUUCAACGCCUUGGGGCCCAAAUGUACUUUUCCCCUGGUAUUGUCAACACAAUUUCCCCAAUCAAUACCCAAAUUUGAAAGUGCUGUCCGUCUCUGUCUACUCGGAGUUCCUUUCUGUAAUGCUGAUGGUAAGUAAGGGCGAUUUCAAGACUUGGUAUCCCAAGCUUGAAAGGCUGACACUCUUUGCGCAGUGCAAUUACAUGAUACGGCAGGAUUUGGAGGAGUACCGGCGAAUCUUUCACGAUAUCACCGUGGUUGUUCCUCCCUACACGGUGAGUAGCCAGCUUAAUUCUACUCCAGUCUAA